CUUACUCAAGUUGAAGAUAGCAUUGUUGUCCGUCAAUGCAUUGCUUGAAGACGCGGAGGAAAAACAACUUACAAAGCCUUCUGUGAAAACCUGGCUCGUUGAGUUGGAAGAUACUGUCUAUGAUACAGAACACGUCUUGGACGAGAUAGCCACUGAAGCCUUGCAAUGUAAGUUGGACAUUGAAUUUCAAACCACUGCAAGUAAGGUACGAAACUCCAUCUCUACUUUUCUUAGUCAUUUUGUCAUGGAGAUAGAGCAAAAGAUAAAAGAUCUACUUGACAAACUAGAAUAUCUAGCAAGUCAAAAGGAUGUUUUAGGUCUAAAACAAGGUGUUGGUGGAGAAUCAUCAAAAAGAUUGCCAACAACUUCUCUGGUCGAUGAAUCUGGUAUUUAUGGUAGGGAUGAUGAUAAGGAAAAAAUAGUAAGCUUGUUGCUCUCAAAUGAUGCAACUAGCAAUGAAAAUCUAUGUGUCAUUCCAAUAGUCGGUAUGGGGGGAAUUGGCAAGACCACCCUUGCUCAGCUUGUAUACAAAGACGAGAGGGUGAAGAAGCAUUUUGAGCUUAAGGCAUGGGUAUGUGUUUCUGAUGAGUUUGACGUGUUCAGGGUAACCAAAACAAUUCUAGAGGAAGUAGGUUCGGCUACUAUUGCCGAUAGUAAGAAUCUAAAUCUGCUUCAACUUACACUAAAUGAUAAAUUGAAGGGUAAGAAAUUUUUACUAGUUCUAGAUGAUGUUUGGAAUGAGAAUUUUGCUGAUUGGGAAAUGUUAAGCACUCCAUUUAAAUUUGGGGCACCAGGAAGUAUGGUCAUUGUAACAACACGCACCGAUGAUGUUGCAUCAAUCAUGCGUACUGUUCCGACUCAUCGUCUGGAGAUGUUACUAGAAGAAGAUUGUUGGUCACUAUUUGCAAAACAUGCAUUUGGCAACUCUAACACAUGUCCAGAGCUAGAAGUAAUAGGUAGGAAAAUUGUGAAAAAGUGUGAAGGUCUACCUUUAGCGGCCAAGACAAUUGGAGGUCUCUUGCAAUCUAAACUAAAAGUUGAUGACUGGGAGAAGAUAUUGAAGAGUGACUUAUGGGAUUUGUCAAUAGACCAGACAAACAUUCUUCCAGCUCUAAGAUUAAGUUACAAAUAUCUUCCCUCACAUUUAAAGCAAUGUUUUGCUUACUGUUCAAUAUUUCCCAAGGAUUAUAUUUUUAAAAAAGAUGAAGUUGUCUUAUUAUGGAUGGCAGAGGGUUUCUUAGAAGAAACUAGAAACAAAAGAAUGGAAGAGGUUGGUGAAGAUUACUUACUUGCUUUGGCAUCAAGAUCAUUGUUAGAACAAUCAGGUGGCAAUAAAUCGAGUUUUGUAAUGCAUGAUCUUGUCAACGAUUUAGCAAAAUUUGUAUCCGGACAAUUUACCUUUAGAUUGGGAGUUGACCAUUCUCAAGAAAUUGUGGACAAGACUCGCCAUUUUUCAUAUGUCAAAAGCAAAUAUGAUAACUUUAAGAAGUUUGAGUCUCUUUGUGAGACUACUCGAUUGUAUACAUUCCUACCAUUGAAGCUGUCACCAGGCUCCAAUUACUACUUCUUAACUAAAAGAGUAUCACUUGAUUUAUUGCCAAAGCUAAUAUGCUUGCGGGUGCUCUCUCUAUCUCACUACCGAAAUAUUACUGAGUUGCCUAAAUCAAUUGGCAAAAUUAAGCAUCUACGUUAUUUAAACCUUUCUUUCACUAAAAUUAAAAGGUUGCCUGAUUCUAUAUGUAAGUUGUGCAAUUUGCAGACAUUGAAUUUAUCAGGUUGUGAAUGUCUUUCUGUAUUGCCAAGAGAGAUGCGAAAACUCAUUAACUUACGUCAUCUUGAUAUCAGCAUAACUGCAAUUAAAGAGAUGCCAAUGCAGCUGGGUAGACUAAAAUGUCUACAAACCUUAACUAAAUUUUUCGUCAGCAAACAUAGUGGGGCUUUCAUUGAAGAGCUGGGGAAUCUUGCAAAUCUUCGAGGAAAGCUUUCUAUCUUAGAGCUCCAAAAUGUUGUAUCUCCUACAAAUGCUCUGAAAGCAUGCUUAAAAGAUAGGAAGUACCUUGAGGAGUUGGUGUUGGAAUGGAAUGCAUUGGAUGCUAAUGUUUCAGAAUGUCAAAUAUUUGUACUUGAUAAUCUUCGGCCCCAUAGUAAAUUGAAAAGUCUUACUAUCAACAACUAUGGCGCUAAAAGUCUUUCAGAUUGGGUUGGGCAUCAUUCAUUCUCUAAUAUAGCAUACAUUUGCCUAGAAAAUUGCAAACAUUGUCAUAAUUUGCCACCACUUGGGCGGCUACCCUCUUUGCAGACCCUCUGUGUUUUUGGGUUUGAACGAGUUGUUAAAGUGGAUCAUGAGUUUUACGGCAGCGAUUCUUUAACGGUUAAACCAUUUGGAGCCCUUAAAAUUCUAAGGUUCAAACGAAUGUUAAAUUGGGAGGAAUGGUCCUCUUUUGGUGCUGAAAAUGAAGAUGAAGCUUUUCCUCAACUUGAAGAGCUUUAUAUUGAUAAUUGUCCUAAGUUAAAAGGAGGGCUACCCGUCCAUCUUCCUUCUUUAGUGAAAUUUGAGAUUCAUGAAUGUCCUCAGUUGGUAGCUUCACUCCCAAGGGCUCCUGUUGUACGCGAAUUGCAGCUAAGAGAUUGUAACGAGGUUCUGUUAAAGGAAUUGCCAACUAAAUUGCGAAAGCUUGUAAUUGGAGGAUUUGAUGCACUAGAGUCCUUUCCCAAGCGAAUGGUAGCCUCCAACAACUGCCUUCAAGAGUUAGAAAUUUGGGAAUGUAGGAAGUUAGAGCUCCCAACACACUUAUACUUUUUAUCCCUUGAAACAUUGCGGUUGGAGUGUUGUGAUUCCCUCAGGUCAUUUCCAUUAGAUUUAUUCCCAAAGCUUUAUAAUAUCAAUAUCUUUGGAUGUAUGAAUCUGGAAUCUUUUACGGUUUCGGAACGAAAUGGACGUGAUUUAGUGACCUUGCGUAUUACAAUAAGUAAUUGCCCCAAUUUUGUAUCUUUUCCAAAAGGAGGAAUUCCUGCCCCCGACCUUUCAUCCUUUGUGGUCUCGUUUUGUGAGAGUCUGUGGUCACUGCCAGAGAAGAUGCAUGUACUCCUUCCUUCUCUUAAUUAUUUUCAAAUAAUUAAUUGUCCAGAAAUUGAGUUGUUUCCCCAAGGGGGACUACCUUCCAAUGUUAAAUAUAUGGCGGUCGAUAAUUGUGACAAACUCUUUGCCAGACGGGCGGGAUGGGGCUUGCAAAAACUCCCGUCACUUAGAUAUUUUUCAGUCGGUGACAAAUAUGAAGACGUAGAGUCCUUUCCAGAGCCAGGGCUGUUGCCUUCCUGUCUGAUCGGGCUUACUAUCACUGGAUUUCCAAAUAUGAAAUCUUUGGACAAGAAAGGGCUUCAGCACCUCACCUCUCUUCAAAAAUUGUCUGUCAGGGACUGCGGUAAGCUCGAGUACAUUCCGAAAGAGGGGUUGCCUACCUCCCUUUCUACAAUAGUGAUCAAAGAAUGCCCUUUGUUGAGGAAACGGUGGCAAAUCAAGAAAGGAAAACAAUGGCGAAAGAUUCCGGAAGUCGAUCACAUAUUGAUUGAUGAUGAAGAAUUGAUUGAAUGA